UACCUAUUUAGAGUAAACAACAAGAACAGUUUCGUGGAAAUAUUUUGGUCUAUAGGAACAUAAUAUCUUGUUAUCUAAUACAACAGUGACCCCUUUAGCCACAUCCUACUUUCGUUUGAUAAGCGAUAUCGUGCCGCUUUUAUUAAUACUCAAGCGUUACAAAACUCCGAUAAGCCGGUAUCAAAAUGUAGUAAUAUUUACCAUGAAAUAUUUCAUACACCUAUAGGUUAAUAUUUUUCUGAUUAUGGUACCCACUUAUAGUCCACACCACAAAUAGUCGUUCCAUUCUUUUUGAUUACUCUGUCAAGAUUUACUUUUUAAAUAAAAUCAAAUAUCCAAUAAAAAUAAAAGGAAAUUCACAAUUCAAACAAGGUAGAGCACAGCUGUGUCAAAGACAGUCGCUAGAUAAUCAUCAAAAUGUAUUAUUUUUCCCUAACCUACACUGUCUGGGUAAAUGUCUAAUAAAAUAAUUAAAAAAAGAUAAAUCCCAAUCAGUAAACAGGUAAACAAAGACCCCCCUCUCCUCUCUCCACCACACAUGUGUGAAUCAUCCAAUCGUACGCUAGACUGGUCCGUCAGAAUCCCGCGAGCGUUCAACGCAUCGACUCGUGCGCAUAUCGUGAUACAGAGUGUUCCGAUAAUCAUAUUCUUUUGUACUAUUUUUGUAUGAUGGUAAUACAAUCAUUUUGUUUUUGACAAGUGAGUGUUUUGCUAAGUGUAUUAUAGUGAAGUGUCGUUGUGUUUUGUUUCGAAAAUGUUUCCUAGGAUUCAAGGAUUGUUCCAUUCCGUGACGGAGAAGAGAUCACAGAACAACGACUGCGGUGAGAACAGCGUGACAAUAGUCACAGAGAAGAAGAUAGAAGAUGACUCCUCAGACUCCUCUAGUGGAGAAAACGUGGAGAUUGAAGAUAAGUCCCUGCCUCUAGUCCAGCCAUCGCUGGAAGCUCCCGAGGAGGGUCAUGCUGCCCAGUGCAACUGCCCCAACUGUGACGAGAUGCUCUCGCGGUUCUCAGAAUGCAGCAUAUGCUUAGAACCGUUACAGUGCUGCGGGCCCUGUGUUUGUCCUUGGUGUGGUGGCGUGUGGUGCGGGAGGUGUUCUCGGCGCAUGUCGAGGUGUGCGUGGUGCAGGGGCGCUCUGCGGGCCCCGGCCGCGCCCUGCCUGGCCCUGCAGCGGCUGAUCAACGAUCUGAUGCUGCCGUGCCGGAAUUAUAGACGCGGAUGCACAGAGCUUUUGACAGCUGUCACUAGAGUCAAACACGAAGAAGAGUGUAAACACGACACGAUGAUCUGCCCCAUCACAGCCAACUGCUGCUCAGUACCCUUCGAAGAACUCUCCACUCACCUCCAAACCAACCACAACAUCAUCGCAGUCUACUCCCAAAAGAUCAAGAUCCUCAUAGAAAACUUCCAGACAAAGUUGAAGAAGACAGCCUGCUGUAGAACAAAGUACAAGAUCAUCCUCCUCCACCAGAAAAGCGCUUUCAUCAUCAAAGUCUGCAUCUACAACUACCACGUAAGGGUUGAGGUCAUGAGGAGGAAGCUCGGGUACAUCGCAGACAUCAAGUCAGAAACAAAGAAAAGCGAUUACUGCGCUUUGAUAGAAUUCCAAAGCAAAGCGCUUUGCACGAAAUCUGCUAUUAUGAUAGAGAAUGAAGCUUACGGCAAGAAGGCUGAAGUACAGUGGAACGAUGUUGUAAUGAAGUCAGAAACCGAUGAAGCUAUCACCAUACACGUAAAUAUCGGCAAAUCAGAUUCAGAUUUGCUGAGGAAAGAUUACGCGGAGUCCUGACUUGGGAAGUGAAUAGUGAUUAGUGAUGUUAUUCAAUUCCUGAUAGCGUCAUACCGCUUGCCCAGAAGCAAGCGAUGGCGCUAAACAAAUCGAGUGUGAAACAUCGUUACAAACAUUUGGCAAUUGUAGUGCCAACAAUAUUAAGUAAUACACAAUAUCAUUCCGAUUAGAUAUGCAUUUAAAUGUAAAUUUAGAAUCAUUUGUAUUUAAUGAUGUGAACGUUGAGAAGUUUGGAUAAGAUUAGCUGUUGGCAAUGUUCGCGAUCUCAGGUGAUUAGGUAACGAGGGAGUUAGUUAAUGGAGAUUAAUGGGUAUUGCUUUAACUGGUAAAAUAAAUUGAGUUUUGGAAAAAUUAUCGAAUCUUAAAGUUAUAGUUUUAAUGAAAAAACCUAUCGUGGAAUGAAAAGGAAAGUAUUUUAUUUCUUUGAUAACCUCCCGAAAUAUUUAGUUAAAUGAAUUUCCAUGUGAUUAUUAAACAAUAAAUAACUUCAGAUACUCCGCUCCAUACGUAAAGGCAACGAUUUAAAAAUUGGUAAUUUCGUAAAAUCCUUGAGUUCGCGAAUUAAGACCAAUUGUGACUGAUGUAGCCUUAAUAUUAGAAUAGUUUAGUUAAUAAGUUACAAUUAAAUGUUCGAUAAAUAUAUGUCUAGUAUUUUUUA